GAACAAGCGACGUUAGCUCAUUUGAUAACAUGGAUGCCUUACCAUGGCAGCUGCUACCUUCGAAUACCACUUAUCGCAACCGCGGUUCUUUCAUUGACUGUCACAUCUUCUAUGUUAUUCUAAAUUAAAUUGGGGUUUGCAAUUCGCCCCCCCCCCCCCCGGUGCCGUUCUUUGUUUCACUCUAACCUCACCUCAAAAAAAGCCUUCACUACCACUAUUUUCUUGAUCAUAAGAACAAUAGACUGUUCUUGGGAGGAAAACUCUGUAUAGAAACUCCUUGCUUUAUCUUGUUGAAAAUCCACUUUACUCUAAGAUUCUCGGAGAGCCCUGCUCACCUCCACGGUUAAUUUCGUAGCCCUUCUCCCGCACAAUUUCGGAGGCCAGCAUUAUACCUACGUACCACGAUUUCACUUUUGGGCCAAGACAGGUUUUGGAGACGCACAGAGGACUCGCUAACUACAGAAGCAUUGAUUGAAUCGACGAAGUUAGACGCGACAAACAUGAGUGGACCACCAGUUGUUUCUCAUGGCCGAGGAGGCCAAGGAAAUAUCAAUCCAGAUCCUACCCAAUAUGUGGAUGCCGAGAUCACUCGACAGGGUCCGGAAGGUGAUCAGGGCGAUGGAGCCUAUUCUGCCGGUCGCGGUGGAGCAGGUAACAUUGGUUCCCCGGGUGUCCGUCCAGUUUCAAGCGAAGUACAUGUACAUGACACCGAUAUCGUUCCCGAGCUCGCAAUCCUCCCCUCUCAAGAUGGUGACUAUCAUACUGGGCGUGGUGGCCAAGGAAACGUCCAUACCCAGGAAUCCAAGGCGAGCAGCGGCAAGAAAGGUAGGGAAGAAGAGUUGAAGAAGAAACAUGCAGUCGCGGAGGUGGUUGAUAAAUUGAAGAAUAAGUUGUUACGAAAGAAGUGAAGGUCGGUUUGCUGUUUGCUCGCUGAGUUGUUACGAUUAGCCAUAACUAUAUGAGGGCGGGAGUAGAAGGGGAACGGGGUGAGCAUUCUGUAGCUCAUGAGCUGUAAAUGGCAAGUUUCCCUCUAGCAAAAUUCCUCGUGAAAGCCAGGAAGGAAUGUGACAAAAGGGGGGGAAAGUCCAUAAUUUGUAUAUCGUUUUUACCCCAAGUCUAACAAACCGUUUAACUAUCCGUAUCCGAUUCGAGUUCUCCGGGGGACGAGAAAUUAGAGUAUGAGGGAGCAUACACAGGUUCCACAUAGGGGGAAACAAAAAAAUUAAUUAGAUGAAAACAUAAAAAACAAAAUAAGAUAUGUCAAGUGGAGACAAGUAUGAAAAGAGAACUCUAGGGAUAGUAGCUGUAGAAGCGGUAGCAAACAAGACUGGUAUUUAUAUUUGUAUAUAUAUUAUUAUUUAAAGAAAGCUACAUACGGAUUGAGAGUUAGCUGAGACAAAUCAA